AUGUAUUCCUCCGCUAUCCGCGCCAGAAUGGCCACUUCCUUCGCUGCCCGUCGUGGCUUCUCCACCUCUCGCACCCAGCUUGCCAGCCCCUACCACUACCCUGAGGGUCCUCGCUCCAACAUCCCCUUCAACCCUCUCACCAAGUACUUCUUCUGGCGCUACUGGGGAUUCAUGAUUACCGGAUUCGGUGCUCCCUUCGCCAUCGCUGUCUGGCAAACCUACAAGACCAAAUAA